AUGGGAGGAAAAACCAUACAACCAACUAACAUGCUUGGCGAGCAUGUUGUGCUACAUAUAGAAUCACAUAUUCUGAAAGGUUUAGCAGACAAAUUUCAUAAUUUAAAGUUUAAAAUUUCUGAGGAAUUGUUUGCAAGCAUCAAUUCUCGUUUAGUGUCUGUUAUUUUUGCUUUUUUUUAUCCACUUCGUGGCAUCAUUGUCGCCGUAAGAUCCUUAAUAGUGACCUUUAUAUGGUCUGUAGAUGUCAAUUCUACAGAAUGGCGAAACAAAAUUGCUGAUGAAAUCUAUAGUACUAUAGAUAGGAACAAAGUUGAUAUGUUUAGGAAAAUCGAAGAUAAACUUCAAGAUAUAUUCUGUGGAACUUCGGAGGCACUAUCUAUAGUAUUAGAUAAAGUUGAUGAUUUCCAACGUUGCUUAAAGCAGACUGACCAAACGAAAUUAGUCCACGAAUGGAAAAAGAGGAAUGCAUUCAAGAAUUUAUUUCAAAAACAUCCGUCCGUACUGACGUAUCUCGCUGGCACAAGAAACGACUCACCUGUUGUUAAAGUCUUUUUAACUGGCCAAGGCAAAAGAGAUGAUGAACUAAAACUCCAAGAACAUUAUCCUGCUGUUGAUUUCGAGUUCGUCGAUGUUGACACAGGAUGUAAAGACAUUUUGAAGAAUAUGGAGAAAAUAGAAAAACUUGAACAAAGUGGGCCAGAAAUUGACAACGAAACUCAUGAAAAAAUGAAAGAAGUAAUCAAAAGACAUGCUGAACAAAUUUUUGCGAAUCACUCUAGCGUUAUUGGUAUUGAGAUUAGCAAUGUGAUGUCGCACCACGACAGAAUGCGAAAUGAAUUGUGCAUCGUCUUGCUUUGUUUAGACGAGUCUAUAUUACCUUAUGGGGAAUCGCCUCUUCCUGAAAACCUUGAUGGUUACCCAUGUGACAUUCGAGAAGAGUUUGUAAAAUUUGGACACUGCGUUGGCUGUCAGACUUUGAAUAUCGGCUGUAGUAUUGGUAUACCAUUAGUCAAACUAGCUGGUUCGGUAGGAUUUUUCGUUAAAUCAAAUGAUUCCACCCAAGGAAAUUUUAAAAGUGGCUUUCUCUGUGUCGUAUCUCUCUUAUAA